AUGAGGCUGACAGGGACGAUUCAACGGCUGGUCUGGAGCUUCAGGUCCAGGUCGAUCGGAGCCACGCAUCGCCCCCCAGAGCGGUGGGGGUUCUGCCAUCCCCACCGCCCGAUCGAUAAACUGAUAAACUCCGACUUGAUUUCAACGUUCAUUGAUUUCAUUGCCCGUGUGUCCGCGUUUGUUGUACAUUAGCGC